UGCCCUGCAGGGGCGUGGCUGCCCCUGAUCGCACUGACCGCACUAAUGGCCUGCCAGACCGCCGAUGGCGGGCGGAGCAGCCACCUCGAGCUGGGCCGGGCCGACAACCCGCUAAUGAGGCUGCCCUUCUUCGGGGGCGGGGUGGGCCACCUGCUCCGGUACCUGCACCCCCUGGCGGUGGCUCCGGGCACGCCCCCCCGCGGCCGCCUCUCGGAGCUGCGCAGCGAGCUGGACGCCAACUACGUGAGCUACCGGGGUGCCCAGCUCUGGAAGCUGAACUUCAACUCCUCGCGGGCCUCGUCCAUGCUGGAGGAAGACCACGACGAGGAAGAACUGCCAGAGGAGGCGCCGUCUUCUUCUUCGCCGGAUGAACAGUUCAACGAGGCGGUGGCCCUCUUCGGCAGCGAGGUGUGGAACAUCAACCAGGACGGCAUCGACAUCCUCAUCGAGCAGCGCAACGUGGCGGACGCCAAGCAGUACAUGGAGCGGGUCGGCUUCAGCUACAACGUCAUGAUCUCCGACAUCGAGGCGGCCAUCGACGAGACCUACGCGGAGGUGCCGGCCGCGGAGCACCCGCUGGACUCGGUCCGGAACAACUCCCUGCCCUGGCUGGAGCCGGAGGGCUCCCUGAUGAACUGGCGGCGCUACCACGACCAAGCGGACAUCCAGCAGUUCCAGCAGCUGCUGCUCGAGCGCCACUCCGACCUGGUGGAGAUCAUCCAGAUAGGGGUCACGCGGAACAAGCGGCCUCUGGAGGUCAUAAGAGUCUCCAACGGCCACCCCGACAACUGGGCCAUCUUCGUGGACGCGGGCCUGCAGGCCAGGGACUGGCUGAGCCCCGCCGCCCUGACCUACGCCCUUUCCAAGCUGGCCCAUCUCUGGCCCAAGGCCAAGGGCCAGAGUCAAGGACAGCGGGAGGGCAGGGCCGAGAAGGCCAUGCGCCGCAUCGACUGGUACUUCCUGCCCCUGGCCAACCCCGACGGCUACCAGUACUCCCGCCACACCGACCGGCUGUGGACCAAGAACCGGGCCCACGACCCCGCCAGCGGCUGCUACGGGGUGAACCUGGACAGGAACUUCGGCCACGCCUGGGGCGAGGGCUCGACGAGCAAUCCCUGCAAGAACCUCUACCGCGGCGCCCAGAGCUUCUCCGAGCCGGAGAGCCGGGCCGUGCGCAACUUCCUGGCCGGGAUGCGGGAGUACCUGGGCGCCUACGUGUCCCUCAGCGGGUAUGGCCAGGCCAUCACCUAUCCCUGGGGCGACGCCGACUUCGUGACGGAGAACCAGCCGGAGCUGAAGAAGACGGCGCGGCGGGCGGUGCUGGCCCUGAGGCGCCUCAACCAGGCCGAGUACUCCGCCGGCACCAGCUACCGCCAAAAGCUGGCCCGGCCCGGCAACUCGGCCGACUGGGUGCAGGACCAGAUAGCGCCGCAGCUGGUCUUCAACCUGUUCCUCAAGGACCAGGGCCGCUACGGCUACCUGAUGCCGCCGCACUACAUCGUGGAGUCUGGCGAGGAGGUCUUUGAGUUCCUGCGCGUCAUUGCCCAGCAGCUGGAGUGAUAGAAGCUCCCAGGCAGCUCCCUAGGCUCUUUUUUUUUGUAAUCUCUUAAGCUAUUUAUUCAAAAUCAUAAUCCCAAU